CCCGAGGGGGGGGAGAAACUUUUUUUGUACGCGUUGCCCGGUUGGACUUGCAGGGGCUCUACGUGAGGAGUGAAGGAGGGGGCUGCACUUCUGAUCGCAGGAGCAGGACAGUGCAGAGGAGCAGAGAGGAGAGGAGCAGUACGGGAGAGACGGUGGCACCAUCCGUCAACCAGCUGGAGGAUCCCUACACUAACAAACCCCUUAUGGCUGCUUGAGAAUCAACGACACACUCCCCUCUCCCCCUUUUUCUCUCUUUCUCUGGGACUUUUUCUCGGCUUUUAGUGUUGCCCAAAAACUUUAGCACGUCCAUAAUUGUUGAAAAGAAGUGAAGCCACUUGCCGUGGACCUCAGCGGCGGUCAUGGAUACCCAUAUAAGAUGGAAAGUUAAACGGAGGUUAAGGGACGCCCAAAUCACUUUGGCGGUGAUUUUGCUUUUUGUCACAUCGCAAGCGAGUUCAGCAGAACCAGCAGACCUCUUGAAGAUUUUAGAUUUUCCCAAUUUACCCGAUGGUGUUACAAAAACGACAGGCUUCUGCUCGCAUAGGAGGUCAACACAAGGACCCGAUGUGGCCUACAGAGUAUCCAAAGAUGCCCAGCUCAGCGCCCCAACCAAACAGCUGUAUCCAGGUGAUGUGUUCCCAGAGGACUUUUCCAUCUUGGCCACAGUGAAGCCCAAGAAGGGCAGCCAGUCCUUCCUGUUGUCCGUGUACAAUGAACAGGGCAUCCAGCAGCUUGGAUUGGAAGUAGGACGCUCUCCUGUGUUCCUGUAUGAGGACCACACGGGCAAACCCAGCCCUGAGGACUACCCCCUGUUCAGAGGAGUCAACCUAGCUGACGGAAAGUGGCAUCGAGUGGCCAUCAGUGUGCACAAGCAGACCAUCACCCUCAUACUGGACUGUCAAAAGAAGACCGCCCAGAAGCUGCUCAGAAGCCCCAGUCCAAUCAUCGAUACCAAAGGAAUUAUAGUUUUUGGAACUAGAAUACUUGAUGAGGAAGUCUUUGAGGGAGACAUCCAGCAGCUAAUGAUUGUAGCAGACCACCGUGCUGCCUAUGACUACUGCGAGCACUACAGCCCUGAUUGUGAAGUGGCGAUGCCUGACCAGCCUCAGAACCAGGACCCCAACACUGAUGAUGAUAACACGGGUGAGGACCCCUACUAUUAUGAAUACCCCUAUUACGACGAUGGGGAUGGAAAGCUUUACGAGUCAACCAACUAUAAUAUAACAGAUUACGAUGGAUCCAAGACCACAGUGGAGAAGGUUCUGACCCCCGUCUCCACUAGCUCAUCUUCAGGCUCAUCAUCAGGCUCAUCAUCAGGCUCAUCCUCUAGCUCAUCUAGCAGCUCAUCUAGCAGCUCUUCAUCCAGCUCCACGGGUGGAGGAGACGCUUACGGCGAGGAGACCAGUCCUUACGAAGGCUACGACGGCUACGACAGCUACGGCACCUAUGAAAAUGAAUAUGAAGACAACACAGAGGCGCCUGAGAGCGACAACACUCGACGUGUCACCAUCACCAACGUGGGUACUGGGGGAAAUCUGGAUCUAGGUACUGGAGGAAGGGUUGACCUCGGCACCGGGACUGUGAUUGAAAAGAAAGUCACCACAGGAUUAGGAGGUUCAACCAUCACCCUUAACAGAACAUCUGUGGGAACCCCCUACGAUGACUACAACGAUGGUUAUGAUUACAGUGACGGAUCUUACACCACGGGUGGUGGAGGUGGUGGUGGUGGCAGCAGCAGCACAGUCCACAUUGAUGGUGGAGGUGGUGGUGGCAGCAGCAGCAGCACAAUUCACCUUGGCGGCGGCGGCAGUAGCAGCAGCAGCACAGUUCACGUUGGUGGCGGCGGUGGCAGCAGCAGCGGCACAGGUCACGUCAGUGGCGGCGGCGGUGGCAGCAGCAGCACCUCCACCAUCUCCAUCGGCGGUGGGUCUGCCGGUGGAGGUUCUGUCUCUGUGGGAGGAUCUUCCUCUGCUGGAGGUGGAUCAGCCAGCGCUGGAACCGGAGGAUCUGCUGGCACAGGCACAGGCACAGGCCUGGGAGCUGAGGGCGACAUCGAUCAAGAGUUCACCGAGGAGGACAUCAUAGACUAUGAUGACGAUAACUAUGGUUACGAAUAUGGAGAUUUAGACCGCAAAACCCUCAACCCUCUGCCUGCCCAGACUGAUGAAUAUUAUGGACAGGUCGACGGAGCCCGUGGUGAGAAGGGACAGAAGGGAGAGCCUGCUGUUAUUGAGCCUGGAAUGUUGGUGGAGGGUCCGCCUGGGCCUGAGGGUCCAACAGGUCUGCCCGGACCCCCAGGUGCUUCUGGCCCACCAGGCAGUCCUGGAGAUCCUGGAGAAAGGGGUCCUCCUGGUCGUUCGGGUCUUCCCGGUGCUGAUGGUCUGCCAGGACCCCCUGGUACUGUCCUGAUGCUGCCUUUCAGAUUCAGUUCUGGAGGCGACGGUGGACAGAAGGGACCUGCUGUUUCAGCACAGGAGGCUCAAAUGCAAGCAAUCAUGCAGCAGGCUCGGUUGGCAAUGCGUGGCCCUACAGGUCCAAUGGGUCUGACCGGCAGAACAGGUCCACUGGGUCCACCUGGUGUUCCAGGACUGAAAGGAGAGUCUGGCGAUUCAGGACCCCAGGGACCUCGUGGGCCAAUGGGAUCUCCUGGACCAAUGGGAAAGCCUGGCAGAAGGGGUCGGUCUGGAUCUGACGGUGCCAGGGGCAUGCCAGGACAAACAGGUCCCAAGGGAGACAGAGGGUUCGAUGGUCUGGCUGGACUUCCUGGUGAAAAGGGACACAGAGGUGAGCCAGGACCCCAUGGACCCCCCGGUUCCCCUGGAGAGGAUGGAGAGAGGGGAGAUGAUGGAGAGAUCGGACCCAGGGGACUUCCUGGUGAACCAGGGCCCCGUGGAUUGCUAGGACCAAAGGGACCUCAGGGAGCUUCCGGCCCCCCUGGCGUUUCUGGAGCUGAUGGCCCGUCUGGACCUAAAGGAAAUAUUGGACCUCAAGGAGAGCCAGGACCACCAGGACAGCAGGGCAACCCAGGUGCACAGGGACUUCCAGGGCCACAGGGAGCCAUUGGACCACCAGGAGAGAAGGGACCCACAGGGAAGCCUGGUCGGCCAGAAAUGCCAGGAGCUGACGGACCACCGGGUCACCCAGGAAAAGAGGGACCUCCUGGAGAGAAAGGACACAUGGGACCUUCUGGCCCUCAAGGACCAAUUGGUUAUCCUGGACCCAGAGGAGUGAAGGGAGCCGAUGGUGUGCGCGGCCUUAAGGGAGGCAAAGGUGAAAAGGGAGAAGACGGCUUCCCUGGCUUCAAGGGAGACAUGGGCAUCAAGGGUGACCGGGGAGAACUUGGAGCAGCAGGACCCAGAGGAGAAGACGGUCCAGAGGGGCCAAAAGGUCGUUCAGGGCUCCCCGGAGAUGCUGGUCCUCUUGGACCAAAUGGUGAAAAGGGUAAACUUGGAGUUCCUGGAUUGCCAGGAUACCCAGGAAGACAAGGACCUAAGGGAUCACAAGGUUUCCAAGGUUUCCCUGGUGCCAACGGAGAGAAAGGAACACGGGGAACAGGAGGAAAGCCUGGCCCACGUGGACAGAGAGGACCAACGGGCCCUCGAGGAGAGAGAGGACCACGAGGACCAACAGGGAAAGCUGGACCAAAGGGUAACUCAGGAAAUGAUGGCCCACCAGGACCCCCCGGUGAGAGGGGUCUGCCAGGACCUCAAGGACCAACAGGCUUCCCUGGACCAAAGGGUCCUCCUGGACCUUCAGGUAAAGACGGACUUCCUGGACAUCCUGGACAGAGAGGAGAGACUGGGUUCCAAGGCAAAACUGGACCUCCUGGUCCUCCAGGUGUAGUUGGACCUCAGGGACCAACCGGUGAGACAGGACCAAUGGGAGAUCGGGGCCACCCUGGACCCCCAGGCCCACCUGGUGAGCAGGGUCUACCUGGAGCUGCAGGAAAAGAAGGAGCAAAGGGCGACCCUGGUCCUGCUGGUCCAGCAGGUAAGGACGGCCCAUCUGGACUUCGAGGUUUCCCCGGUGAGAGAGGUCUUCCUGGCCCUGUGGGGGCUCAUGGCCUGAAAGGGAAUGAGGGUCCUCACGGUCCACCUGGUCCUGCUGGUUCUCCUGGUGAACGUGGUCCUGCCGGCCCUAAUGGACCCACUGGACUCCCAGGUCGCCCUGGCCCUCAAGGACCUCCAGGCCCUGCUGGGGAGAAGGGAGGACCGGGAGAGAAAGGACCUCAAGGCCCAGCUGGAAGAGAUGGCAUUCAAGGACCUGUUGGUUUGCCAGGACCUGGAGGACCCCCCGGACCACCUGGAGAGGAUGGAGACAAGGGAGAGCUUGGAGAACCAGGCCAGAAAGGAAGCAAGGGCCAUAAAGGCGAGCACGGCCCUCCUGGUCCAACUGGCCCUCAAGGACCUGUUGGAGCACCUGGUCCUGCUGGUGCUGAUGGUGAACCUGGUCCCAGAGGUCAGCAGGGUCUGUUUGGACAGAAGGGUGACGACGGUCUAAGAGGGUUCCCUGGACCUCCAGGACCAGUUGGACUUCAGGGCUUACCUGGACCACCCGGUGAGAAAGGUGAAACUGGAGACGUUGGUCAGAUGGGUCCACCUGGCCCCCCUGGUCCCAGAGGCCCCUCAGGACCUCCAGGAGCAGAUGGUCCACAGGGUCCUCCUGGUGGCAUUGGAAACCCUGGUGCUGUUGGAGAAAAGGGAGAUAGUGGUGAGACAGGAGAGCCAGGUCCUCAGGGAGAAGUCGGCCCACCAGGCUCUAGAGGAGAACGAGGAGAGAAGGGAGAGGGCGGUCCAGCUGGUGCAGCAGGACCUCCCGGCCCUAAAGGUCCACCUGGAGAUGACGGUCCCAAAGGCAGUCCUGGUCCAAGUGGUUUCCCUGGUGAUCCUGGUCCCCCUGGAGAGCCUGGCCCUGCUGGGUUGGAUGGUCCAGCUGGUGACAAAGGAGACGAUGGAGAGGCCGGUCAGGCUGGUUCACCUGGACCCACUGGAGAGUCUGGUCCUCCUGGACCACCAGGAAAGCGAGGCCCUCUUGGACCAGCAGGACCCGAGGGCAGACAAGGAGAGAAAGGAGCCAAGGGAGAGUCCGGUCUAGAAGGUCCUCAAGGAAAGACAGGUCCUGUAGGCCCUCAAGGGUCACCUGGCAAACCUGGCUCUGAAGGCCUGAGGGGUAUUCCUGGACCAGUUGGAGAACAAGGUUUACCCGGUUCUCCUGGUCCAGAUGGACCUCCUGGACCUAUGGGCCCUCCUGGUUUACCUGGUCUGAAAGGAGACUCUGGUGUUAAAGGAGAGAAGGGUCACCCAGGUCUCAUUGGUCUCAUCGGACCUUCAGGUGAACAGGGAGAAAAGGGAGACCGGGGUCUGCCUGGUCCUCCGGGAUCGUCUGGUCCCAAAGGAGACAAUGGUAUUGCUGGUCCCACCGGCACACAUGGUCCCGUGGGUCCUCCUGGAUUGCCUGGUCCUCCUGGUCCCAAAGGAGCCAAAGGAUCAUCUGGUCAAACUGGACCAAAGGGAGAGAGCGGGACACCUGGACCUCCUGGUCCUCCUGGCCCUCCUGGUGACGUCAUCCACCCACUCCCGAUCCAGGCUUCCAUGAAGGGAAGAACACGCAGGAACAUCGACGCCAGCCAGAUGAUGGAUGAACCCGUCCUGGAUGCCAACUACAAGGACUACGACGACGGCAUGGAGGAAAUCUUUGGCUCCCUCAACUCUCUGAAACUGGAGAUCGAGCAGAUGAAGCACCCACUGGGCACACAGAUGAACCCCGCUCGUACCUGCAAGGACCUGCAGCUCUGUCAUCCCGAUUUCCCAGAUGGUGAAUACUGGAUCGAUCCAAACCAGGGCUGCUCACGAGACUCCUUCAAAGUUUACUGCAACUUCACAGCAAGUGGAGAGAGCUGCAUCUUCCCAGAUAAGAAGUCUGAAGGGAGCAAAAUGGCAAAAUGGCCGAAAGACACGCCAGGCACAUGGUAUAGUCACUACAAGAGAGGUUCCCUGCUCUCCUACGUGGACGCUGAGGGCAACCCGAUCGGUGUGGUCCAGAUGACGUUCUUGCGACUGCUGAGCGCAUCAGCAAGACAGAACAUGACUUACAACUGCUACCACUCAGUGGCCUGGCACGACCAGGACCAGGACAACUACGACAAGGCCAUCCGCUUCCUGGGCUCCAAUGAUGAGGAGAUGUCAUAUGACAACAACCCCUACAUCCGCUCGCUGGUAGACAGCUGUGCGGCGAAAAAGGGCUAUGGAAAGACGGUACUGGAGAUCAACACACCAAAGGUGGAGCAGGUGCCAUUUGUGGACAUCAUGUUCAACGACUUUGGCGGUUCCACCCAGAAGUUUGGCUUCGAAGUGGGCCCCGUCUGUUUCAUCGGCUAAGACUGUUUACUGAGCAAGUGGAGAAAAAAAUAUGUUUUCUCAGAAAAAAAAUAAAAAAUUUAAAAAGAACAGGACAUUUCUAUUUGUAAAAAAAGUAACUUUUUUUCCAUAAAACAACAAGAAUGAAUCAAAAUGAAAAUCAAGUUGAGAAUGCGGUGAAAUUCUUCAGGAGUAAAGAAAGACGAAAUAACCUCAGUGUGCCUUCUCCAUCACAUGCAAGUUUUGAAACUGGAUGUCACGUCCUGCCUCCUAGGCAACACACACCGACGCACGCACACACGCAAACACGCAAACCAAAGCCCCAUGUCAUCCCACUUGAUUUACACUCCAAAAAAAACCAAGGCGUUUCUGAGAGCUGCAGCCACUCCAGGCCGUCACAGUUUUUGCCCCGGACUCCAUCUGAUUGGGUUCUUUUUCUCCUCUUUGGUUCAGAUCUCAUGUCUUCCCCUCAUCGUCUCCAUCGCCUUUUUCCACUUGUCUUUUGUUGGGUUGUUUGCAUAUCCACUACAGGAGCUCUGUUUGUGCAUAAUUGUCCCCCAUUCACUUGGAAUGGAUCUUAUAUAUAUAUAAAUAUAUUAAAAAUAAUUUUUAUGUUUGUAAGUACAUUCUGUAUAUUUUUCCUGGUAAUGUUUAUUGCUUCUGGCUUCAAAACGUGCAUGUGACUUUAACAAAUCAUAAGGUAAGAGAUGGUGGGUACAGGGAUAACAUCCAAACUGUAGGAAUACUGAUAGUGAGGAAAUACAACUUGUAAAUUGAAAAAAACAAAAAUAGAAGUAAACACCAAAUUGGGAAGUCCUGUCUUGUUGUGGAGCGCAUCUUGUUGUAAUUUAAGAACGGAAUGGAAAAUAAAAGAUGAAAACAAGCUCUGAUAUUACGUGACACUUGAUUUGCAGAAACAAACCAAUGUAUAACAUUCCUCUUUGUG